UUGCAUUUCUUCAGGUAUUUUUACAGGAUGGAACUUGCAUAUGGUAUGGAGAAUGUGGGACAGAUCCUGCCACACACAAGCGGUAUAAUUGUAAAUAUAAUGGACCACCAAAAGCACUACCAAAAGCAGGAUAUGAAUUAAUUGAUGAAUUGUGCCCCAGUUUUCACUAUGGGAAUCUUAGUCUUUGCUGUGAUGUCCAACAACUACAAACACUUAAGGAUAAUAUGCAGCUACCACUGCAGUUCCUGUCCAGGUGUCCAUCCUGUUUCCACAAUUUUAUGACCUUUUAUUGUGAACUGACCUGCAGUCCCACUCAGAGCCUGUUUCUGAAUGCCACCAAAUUUGAGAAAUAUGUUCAAGACAAAAUCAGCAUCACAGAAAUAGAAUAUUACGUUGGAUCACACUUUGCAAAUGCCAUGUACAAUGCCUGUAAGGAUGUUCAGUCACCAUCCAGUAAUGACAAAGCUCUGGGGUUGCUUUGUGGAAAAGAUGUAAAAGAGUGCAAUGCAACCAACUGGAUUCAAUAUAUGUGUAGCACAAGUAAUGCACAGACUCCUUUCAACAUUAUUCCCAUUUUCAGUGAUAAUCCAAUUGGAAGAAUGAUCCCAAUGAAUAACGAAACAAAAGGCUGCAAUGAGACACUGGAUGAUGGUUCACCAGCAUGCAGUUGCCAAGAUUGUUCACUGGUUUGUGGCCCAAAACCAGCACCCCCACCACCACUUAUCCCAUGGACCAUUUUUGGUUUAGAUGCUAUGGCUGUUAUAAUGUGGAUCUCCUAUCUGAUCUUCCUGGCUAUCUUUGGGGGAGCAGUUAUUAGCAUGUCUUAUUGCAGGAAAAUGCACAUGGUGACUGAAUAUACACCAAUCAGUGAUCCUCGUGCAAAUCAUGUGGUUAACAGGCAUCAUGAUUUAGAUAAUAUCUCUUGCUGUGAACAACUUGGUGCAAAAUCUGAAGCUCUCCUGCGUGACCUAUUCACAAAAUGGGGGUCCUUUUGUGUGAGAAAACCUCUUCUAGUUAUUAUGGUGACCAUUAUUGCUGUGGGAGUCUGUAGCUCUGGUUUAGUAUACAUGAAAAUAACUACUGAUCCAGUUGAAAUCUGGUCUGCCCCAUCCAGCCAAGCUCGCAAGGAAAAGUAUUAUUUUGACACCCACUUUGGACCUUUUUUCCGCACAGAGCAGCUAAUUGUUACAGCUCCAAAUAGUUCAUGGACCACUUAUUCUCCUUAUCCCUCUGGGUCAGAUGUGCCAUUUGGCCCUCCACUGGACAAAGACAUCCUACAUCAGGUACUUGAUUUACAGGAUGCUAUUCAAGAUUUGGAAGCUUAUUACAAAAAUGAAACUGUGAAGCUGAAGGACAUCUGCUUGGCACCAUUGGCUCCAUAUAACAAUAACUGUACCAUCCUGAGUGUCUUGAACUAUUACCAAAACAGUCAUGCUGUCCUCGAUCAUUCUGUUGGUGAUGACUUUUUUGUAUAUGCUGACUACCAUAGUCACUUCCUGUAUUGCACUAGGGCACCAGCUUCCCUGAAUGAUACAACUAUGCUUCACGAUCCCUGUUUGGGCACAUUUGGUGGACCUGUUUUUCCAUGGCUGGUUCUAGGUGGAUAUAAUGGUGAUGACUAUAACAAUGCCACAGCACUAGUAAUCACUUUCCCUGUAAAUAACUAUCACAAUGACACUGAGAAACUGAACAAAGCUUUAGCUUGGGAGAAGGCACUUAUUGAUUUUCUGAAAGCUUACAAUGAGUCUAACUUGACAAUUGCAUUCUCAACUGAACGGAGCAUUGAAGAUGAGAUUAAUCGUGAGAGUGACAGUGAUAUCAACACCAUUAUCAUUAGCUAUGCAGUCAUGUUCUUGUACAUCUCCAUUGCUCUGGGACACAUCAGGAGCUGCUGGACUUUCAUGGUGGACUCCAAGAUUUCACUGGGAAUUGCUGGUAUUGUGAUUGUCCUAAGCUCCGUGGCCUGUUCUCUUGGUAUUUUCAGUUAUGCUGGUGUUCCCCUCACGCUGAUCGUGAUUGAAGUCAUUCCCUUUUUGGUGUUGGCAGUUGGUGUAGACAACAUCUUUAUCAUCGUUCAGACAUUUCGGAGAGACACACGUUUACAGAAUGAGUCCAUUGACCAACAGAUUGGUAGAGUUUUGGGAGAAGUUGCACCAAGUAUAUUCCUCUCCUCCUUCUCUGAGACAGUGGCCUUCUUUCUGGGUUCAUUAUCAACAAUGCCAGCAGUCCGCACCUUCUCCCUUUUUGCAGGAAUGGCUGUACUUAUAGACUUUAUACUGCAGAUAACCUGCUUUGUAAGUCUCUUCGGGUUGGAUGUACAGCGCCAAGAGAGUAAACGUAUGGAUAUUGUGUGCUGUGUGAAACAAGAAAACAUUGGUGGUCAUGCGGAAGAACUGCUUUUCAGAGUCUUCAAACAUUAUGCACCAUUUCUAUUAACUAACUGGAUGCGGCCUGUUGUGAUAUCUGUCUUUGUUGGUCUCCUGGCAUUCAGUAUUGCAGCAUUAAAUAAAGUUGAGAUUGGACUGAAUCAGAGUUAUUCAAUGCCAGAUGAUUCAUAUGUUCUGCACUAUUUUAAAUCUAUGGCUGAGUACUUGCAUGCAGGCCCCCCUGUCUACUUUGUGAUAGAAAAAGGACAUGAUUACACUUCUCUAGAAGGACAAAAUGCAGUGUGUGGUGGUGUUGGUUGUAACAAUGACUCCCUUGUCCAACAAAUUUACACUGCUGCUCUGCUAGACAACUAUACAAGAAUUGGUUUUCCACCAUCAUCAUGGAUUGAUGAUUACUUUGACUGGGUGAAGCCACAAUCCUCCUGUUGCAGAGUCUACAACACUACAGAGAGGUUCUGCAAUGCUUCAGUUGAAGAGGAUUCUUGUGUUCGCUGCCGCCCACUUUCCCAAGAAGGAAAAGAGAGACCACACGGAGAAGACUUCAUGACCUUUCUCCCCAUGUUUCUGUCUGAUAAUCCAAGUCCCAAAUGUGGCAAAGGGUAAGGAACUAAAUCCUCU